AUGGCAUCGAGGCUGGCCACAAUCACAUUGAACCUCGCAGACGGACCUGUUGAGGUCGCUGUCGGGGAGGCCAAACCUGAGCAACAAUUGCAGUGCUGCAAGCUGGCCGGCACAGCCUUCGCUGCACCACUUUCCCAGGACCAGUACAUAGAGCUGGAGGACUACCUCGGCAGUCUCCCGCUCGCCGUGGCCGGAUCAACACGCUACUGGUGCCUCUUCCCGACGGACAACCCGAAUUGCAUCCUCGCAACGUGCAAGACCCUGCACAGGUUCUUCCUCGUUAAAGAUGGACGGGCGGCACUGACCACGGGCGACGGUUACUGCAUCGCCAGCGUCAUCACCAACCCCGAUUAUAGGAAAUCCGGGCUGGCGUCGGUAUUGAUGGAACACAUAGCGGAGUGGAUGGAUGGUCCUGGAGUAGGCACGGCUAGUAUGCUGUAUACAAGCAUCGGAGACUUUUAUUCCAAAAGGGGCUGGGCGCCGCUUCCUGCUUUCGAGUCUAUCCUGAAAUGUGCGACAAACGCCACCUUGGAUGGACGAUCGAACCUGCCCAGAAACCGUUUUUUGACAGCUGGAGAUAUCGAGAGUCUCUGUGCGAGGGAUGCAGAAAGCGUCAAAGGAGAGAUGCGUAAGACGCAGAUCUCAGGAGACCAGACGCUCGCUGCCGUUGCCCCAACGGCCGAUCUCAUCAAUCUGUUGCAGGGAAGAGCUCACUUCAUUGCCUUAAAACUGUUUGGCAAAGUGACCGAACACCGUGGGGCGAUCACCAAGGCCGGAGAUUCUUGGGUUUACUGGUACCAUGAUUUUAGAAAGCAACAGCUAGCCGUGCUAAGGAUCCACCUCCCUGAGGAGCCUGAUCAAAGGCAGUCGGAGCAAGUGGCCAGUCUGCUUUCAGACGCUCUGCAGGAGGCUUUGGCAUGGGACCUGCCAAAAGUUACCGUGUGGGAUGACAAUCCGAUUGUGUUACAGGCGUUAGAUCUUCUAAAGGGCCAGCACGCAGUGGAAGUGGCAAGUGGACAGAGAGAUCGAAGAAGUAUCCCAUCAUUGAGGUGGAAAGGCGGUCAUGGGUCGAAGACUGUCACACUCCACUGUAACGAGUUCUACGCCUGGAGCUGA